UCUCUCUCCCAUUUCCUUUUCCGGCAUAACUUUCACAAAAAAGAGAAUGUCGGGACGAAGAUCACGUUCGAGACAAUCAUCAGGAACUUCAAGGAUCUCCGAAGAUCAAAUCAACGAUCUCAUUCUCAAGUUGCAGCAGCUUCUUCCUGAGCUCAGGGAUAGUCGUCGCUCCGACAAGGUUUCAGCAGCAAGGGUGUUACAAGAUACGUGCAACUACAUAAGGAAUCUGCAUAGAGAGGUCGAUGAUCUAAGUGAGAGGCUAUCUGAGUUACUUGCAAACACAGACACUGCUCAAGCUGCGUUAAUCAGAAGUUUACUUACCCAAUAAUUCCUAUCUUUUUCUUCUUCUUCUUCUUAUUUUUUUCUGUUUUUUUUUUUUUGUUUUCUAUAAUAAUAAUAAUAGUUUGCGGAUUUGUUUUUUCUAUAGAUGAUGAUGACCUUAUAAACGUUUAAUGAUACGAGUUCGUCACCUCUCCUUCGGUCAUAAA